AUGAUCACGCAUUUGAAGCGGAAGGCAAACGCUCAAAUUCUCCAAUCUCAUUUUUCUUCCCUUAACGUUCUCCUCUCACGCAAGAUCUCGCCGAUCAAGCGCAACUCUCCUGUCUGCGCAGUCCCAGCUUGGUUCAAAGCGAGCAGCAAAACCACCAGUGCGACGCGAUUAUACGUCCCGAUCAAAGAGAUCCCCGAGAUAGACACUACCCCGUCGACGGAAACUACAUUAUCACGCCUCCAGGGCGUUCCAAAGCUCAAGGAUCAAGAUUCCGAAGCCUCAAACGUCCCGUCUACCCUGAUUCCGAAUAUCGAGAAUAAUGCGAGCAACCCGGGCGACUCCGGCGCUAUAAGACAGGGAGUUUCUACCUGGUCUUCCACCGGUAGCCAGCUUCCUGGCGGUCUCAUAUUCUCCACUCCUGAUGCCAAGACCUUGGGAGAACGCAUCACCAAGGGAUUACAAGUGUGCAAACAGUUGCGUAACGGCCGUCGCAAGCUCUCGACCGAGAUUAAUCUACUUGAAGAGCGAAUUCAUGAUCAUCAAGAAAUGGCCAACGGCAUCGGUGAAAUGGGCGAAAUUGUUCGUGUAAUGUUGGAGCUGUGUGACGAGCUCAAGAUCAAGCUCUCAUGCAUGCAGGAUCCUUUGCGCCAGACUAAUUGCUCCCUGGAUAUAAGCACCGGCAAACUUGGUCUUCUGUUGAAAAAGAAAGCAGCUGUGACUGAGUAA